AUGUUAGUAUACAGGACAAAUAAAUCACCGAUAAAUAUAGACGACAAGCAAACAAAAUUAAAAAAAUAUCCCCCUUUAAUAAUGACAGGACAUUGGAUCAAAGGAGGAGAAGCUCUACUAGUGAAUAAUAGCGAAACAGCAAUUAUCCAAUUAAUUGGCGAUCGAAUGGCUUCGACAAUCACCGGCGGCCCUUUGUUAAAUGACGAAUUUAAAUUUUCAAAUGUACAUUUUCAUUGGGGCGAAUGCGAUUCCGUCGGUUCUGAACAUCAAAUCAAUGGAGCCUCGUAUUCGAUGGAAGCGCAUGUAGUUCAUUACAAUAGUAAAUAUAAAAAAUUAAACGAGUGUUUUAAACACAAAGAUGGACUUUGUGUACUCGUAUAUUUUUUUUUGGUAACUAGCGACGCUGAUUUGAAAAGUAAUUCUUAUAUUGAAGAAAUAGUCAAACAUUUAAAGUUUAUACAAAAUUCUCACACGAGUACGAAUGUUCCCACAAAUAUACUCUAUUGGAUGCGCGACGCAAUAUAUUGCUCAAAAUACUACACUUACUCAGGUUCUUAUCACAUAAAAACAGAUCCUGAGUGUGUUAUAUGGAUUGUAUUUCCAUUAAUAAUUCCCGUUACUUCCUCUCAAGUGAACGAAUUUCGUAAAUUA